UUUUCUUUUUUUUUUAAGACCCGAUAUCAGUAGUUUUCUACUGCCUAAACUACAUAUUUGUGAUUUCACACACACACUGAGAUGUGGAUAGGUUGUUUUUGCAGUGCCCAGUUAUGUCAUAUGCACAGUCAGAGCAUGAUAGAUAAUAAAAUGCACUUAAAAUAGGGUGUUACUGGAUGAAAUUUAAUUCUAUUUCAUGGCUUAAAAGUACUUAUAGUUUCUUGCAGUGCUGCCUAGCGUUAGGAACAUGGAUGUGUUAACUCAGUGUUCUCUUUACCCCGAAAAGGUCCAGGGGGUUGGGCUGAAUCCAUAUUGACUUAUUACCACCAUGACUCAUUUAUUAUCGUGACGUAUUACCAUGAUGGCUGACUUAGGGGGUAAGACAUUUUUGACCAUGUCUUAUUCAGCGCAGUAGCUUCAGGGCUUGGCAUAGAUGAGGGGAUCAAUAAUCACCUUUUGAAGGAAUGAGUGAAUAUCAUUGUCCCCUUUCUCACACAGAAACAGAGAAUAGAAUGUAAUCUUGCUGUGUUUGGGGUCAGUAAGAAAAGAGAAGUUUGGUGUGCUACUUACGUUACUUUCAUUGACUGGUUAAUGAAAAUGUUCCCUUCAUAUCAUCUGGACCUUUUUUGCCUUUUCAAUACCACCACUUAACAUAUGGGCCUCAGAUUUCGUUUAACACAGGUGCACGAUAAGCUAUGUCUUGAGCAGGUUUGGGUAAGCAGCCACACGAGGCGUGAACAGACAUACCACAGGCAUCAUCAGGCAGUGGCAGUGGAGGGCGUCCAUAAAAGCUAUAUUCCUAUCUGCAGAUGUUUCCCUUUAGCAAGAAUGGUGUGAGUUUGAAUGGGACUAAAGCUUGGAAAAAGAAAAUGAUAACGGUACCUGUGGCCACAUAUUCUAGUUGAUUUUGGGAGCAUCACCAACUUGGGCUAAGUUGGAUUUAGCACAGUCCAACUUAGGUCAGUAUUGGCCAGAGGAAAAUGAAGGCAGAGUCUUAAAAAAGAGACUAACACACAGCAGAUGGUCAAUAAAUAUUUGUGGGAAUGAGUGGGAGAUGGCUAGAAUACAAUUGGAAUUUUCUUAUUCUUUGUACCUCCAAGUGCUUGUUUAAAUAGAAAACAGAAAAUUGUUUAAAGUAUAAACUCUCUGCACAAGGAAGGUGUCAAGUCUACUGACUCAGGAGCAAGGCCAUGAUAAUACCUGCCCUUGGCUGGCGACAUAUUCCUGCCAAAGGAGGUUCUGUAGCAACUGUGUCUUUGUUUUCCUCCAUAUGAUAAUAUUAAAAUACACCGCCUACCUAUUUCACAUGAGUGAGCAAGGAGGAAUGAAUAGAUGUUUGCAAGCACCCCAGGGUCCAGGAGGUGAAGUUAUGCAAGCAUCAGUUGUUAUUAGAUCACCCUUUGCCCUCGGCUCAGGGCCAAUGUCAACAAAUCGUCCCCUUCCCAUCUACCCGGAGCUUGCCAUUAGGAUUUAGGCCCUGAAGGUAAACUGGGCUGUGUUCUACUUUUAAAGGUGCUCUGUGGCCUUGGACACCUUUUUCCUCUCUGGGCCUCAGUUUCCUCAUGUAUUAAACAAGGUGCACUGAAUCACGAUCUUCAACUGAUGACCGGUCUGUUUUAUUUGUCCUGUGCAGGAGUUUUGUUUUGCUUCAUUUUUAAUGUGAAUUUGAAUCCCUUUAAGGGAGGGUGUAUGCUUUCUCAGUUCUGACUGAGGCCCUAUGUAUGAUCUCCUCUAUACCUGUCAUUCACUUACAUUCUGUUCCAGGGCCUGGAAGGUGUCAGAAACCCCCACAGUAGAUGUUCUUUAAGGUUUUUCAUAUGACUGUUUCUGUUCUGCUAACUCCACACGUGUUUCCCAUUGAAGAACAAUAACAAUGUGAUAUAAGGGAUAAAAUCAAGUCUACGGUUUAGAGAAGCAGACUCUUUUUCAGCUGUAACAGGUAUAAGCAAGUCAUGUUUCUUAGAGGAGUUCCUUGACUUUUUGAUCACUUUACUUUCAAAAAGAGAGAGAGAGAGAGAGAGAGAGUGUGUGUGUGUGUGUGUGUGUUUUGUUUUCCAGUCAUUUGACCAAUUUAACAUGACACUUUCUGUGCAGAAUAGUUUUUUAAAACACAACCAAUUUGGAAAGACCAAGCAGUAUAGCUCUGUGAGAUUAAGGGCUAUUAUUCUUUGUAAAAAGAAAACACUUUCUCUAUUCUCACAGCACUUUUAAUGAGCUAAACUGCUCAAGUGGCCGAUGCAGUUUGUUUAUUUUGAAAUAAUUUUAGAUUUACAUAAAAGCUGCAAAAAUAGUACAGUGAGUUCCCUUACACCCCUCCCUCAGCCUCCCUCAGUGUUAGCCUCUUGCAUCACCGUGGCAUGAUCAAGAUUAAGAAAGUAACACCCAACGAAUUCAUUUUAACACAGUUUUAUUAUUUCUGGUUAAAAUUCUUUACAUAAAUUGUAUCUUAUUUUAACCACUUUGUUUUCAAAGAGCCACUAUUAAAGGAAUAUUGAGAAAAAAAAAUGCCACAGUAAAGGACUUAGAGAAAUGAUGUCUCGUUUUCACUGCCACUAGUUACGGGGCAGAAAGUUUUCUCAGUUUCUUUAAUGUCUACUUGAGCACAGACAGAACUGCAACUUGUAAUCUGAUACAGAGGUUAACUGUCAUUCAUCAAAGGAAGUAAGGACUCCCUUGUGUUGGUACAAGGAAGUUAUAAGUUCCUUUUGUGGUAAGCAUUAUAACAAUUUAUUUUAGUGUUUUUUCAAAAUAAUAAACCUAAUGUAGCCCAAGUGGUAAUUAACUGGAGUCAUGUUAAACUCUCUUACUGUUAUUACUUUCCAAGUGCUGUUUUUAUUUUAACCAUUAGUAAAUGUAGUAAAUAAAGUGUGGUAUUUCCAAAGAUGCAGCCUAAGUGAUUAAUAAGGAAAAAGGUAUUAGUGGGAUUUGGAGCUAUUUUCCAUAAUGAAUCAAAUGACUUUUCUGUUUUAUCUUUAGUAAAGAUGAGGCCAUUUAAGGAUCUUAAGUUAAGAUCAACUGUGGAAUAAAAAAGAAUUUCCGGGUAGAGAAUCUGAAAACCAUAUCACAAAUACCCACCACAUUAUUUAGUCAGUGGGUUUAUAUUGUACAGUUUAGAUUAAUUACAGUCAGUCAGGUGAUUUUACCGUAGCCCAGAUUUCUUUCUCUGUUAUAUGUGUUUACCCUGCAAUUACCAAGAGAUCACGAGCAAAUGAGGUGUGUUUCUCUGGGGACUUCUUUUAGCAUUAACCCACAUUUCAAACGACAAUAGAAGAUAGGAAUUACUUUUGAGAGUCUCUUUGAAAUGGAUUAAAAAAUUCAACAGUGAGUCAGUACUGUGAUUAUGUCUGUACUUGACUAGGACUGUAAACAUCAAACUCAUUUGGCGAUCCUGUGAGGCAUGGAGAGAUCAUUUCUCCUCCCUCUGAGAUAGUAUUUGGGUCCCAUGACUGAAAUGGGCAAAAGGAAAAAUACUGAAAGUUUCUGUUCUGAAAGUAAUAUGCACUAGGAUUUUAUGUAUAAUCUUUCACUUCUGUGCCCCCUCCCUUUUUUUUUUAAGAAAAAAAAAUACUAAAUUUCAGUUUUCCCACUCAGAAUCAAAGGAAAAUCCACCUGAACACAAGUGUUUAUGUAGCAAGUCUUGUAAUCUCUUUGGCCUCGUCUCCUCUGUAAAAUAAAUGUCAGAAAAUGCGUGGGUUUCAAUUUUUUUUUUUUUUUUUUUUUUAAGCAGUGGAACCCUUUUCUCAAAUGAAACUGUACACAGAGCCCCAGAGAGGUGGGACCGCUCUGGUUUUAAGUGGGGAGCCCACGUUCAGUCUUCUUGGCCUUGUUUCUCCUUUCCCUGGGCUCACUCUCACCCUCUCCUGGCUGUCCUGGAAUCCACAGCUACUCAGGUCCUCUCCGGCUCUACCCUUGGGGCAGUGGUUCUCAGACAGUCAUCUAUCUAGGAUUGCUGUGAAAUCAAGAUUGCUCUUUGGAAGGAGAGACUUCAGAUUUCUAGGCUAUUCAGGUGGUCUUCAGACUGGUAUGUUACUGGUCCACGAGGAGACAAGUACAAAAUUGAGAGUGUUUAGAAAUGUUUACAGCAAUUCAACAUUGCUGCGAUAUUUAAGCACAUGAUCAGCGGGCUUACUUUGCUGAACAGGAUAUGGACCAACAGUAUUGGUCCACGAUAGAUUUACGAAUUUGAAAAAACCUACUAAGUUGUUUAAAAAGCACUGUUCAUGAAUAUUAUCUUAUAUAAAACUCCAGUGUUCCUCCUGAAGACUAAAUAAUUGAGAUAAUUCCUCAGUGUGUUCAAGAUUUUUAUAACAUUACAAAUAUUCAUCAGUUGAUUUGAUUUAUGAGGAAGAUUUAUGAAAGAUUUUUGAAUUAAACGAGUAAUGACACAGGUUUGUUUUUGAAAUAGUUCUAUUAUCCAUUGAUCCAUUAAAUUUUUUUAUACAGUAAAUAUUUGUUGUUUGCCUUCCUUGUGUGUGGUGAAUAAGGGAGGUUCAGGGGCACCUGGGUGGUUCAGUCGGUUAAGUGUCCGACUUCAGCUCAGGUCAUGAUCUCACGGUUCAUGGGUUUGAGCCCCACGUCAGGCUCUGUGCUGACAGCGCAGAGCCUGGAGCCUGCUUCAGAUUCUGUGUUGCCCUCUCUCUCUGCCCUUCCCCCUCUUGUGCUCUCUCUCUUUCUCUCUCUCUCAAAAAUGGAUAAACAUGAAAAAAAAUAAAUAAGGGAGGUCCAAUUCCUGCUUUAUGGGGGAAUCAGGCAACUGCAAUAUUUUGUGCAUGUGGGGAGUCCAAGCUGCCCUAGGACACUGAGGAGGAGUGCCAGGCUUGGGAGGUUCAAGGAGGUUAUUAUCCUACGAUCCUAAAAUAAUUGUUAAAAAGCAAAUAAUUCAUGCACUUUGCGAAAGAUACCUUAGCCACUCCUUACAGAUUAUGACCCAAAUGUUUUCUGAGCUUUUGUACUGUGCUUGUAUCACGCCAUUUGCUAUUUGGCGUGUGGGGAUGUACUUGGGGAUAAGACAGACACGAUCUCCGCUCACAUGGGGCUUAUGGUCUGGUGCAAAGGAUACGGGAAAUGGACCAGAAGAUUUCCAACACUGACGAGCUGCAGAAGGAGAGGAAACAGAGUGGAUGCGGUAAGGAUGAGUCUCUGGGGGUGAAUAUGUUGUACAGGUUUGUCAGAGGAGCCCGUACCACCGAGGGGACAUCUGAGCAGAGACCCGAAUGACACAAAGAAGCCAGCCUGAGAAUGAGAGAGGAACAGCAAGUGGCAAGUGCCGAGGCUUUCAGGCAGGAGUGAGAUUGCCACCUUCAUGAGCCAGGGAGAAGGCCCGCAGGGCUGAAGUGCAGUGAGCAAGAGGGAGAGAGGGUGGAAGGAUCGGAGAAGUGAAAGUCACGGACAAGGUCGAGCAGAAGAGGGAAACAUGAGGCUGUGCUGAGUGUGCAUCCACAGCGAGAUUCUCGUACCAUCGCCGCCCACAGCCCUUCCGUUGUGGUUGGUGAUCACAGGGACGAGGAAUGCCAUGUUAAUUCUGGGGCAUUGAUGUUUUACAAUGCCUGAUCAAGACAAAAAGGCGAAGACCACAGAAAAAUCAACUGAUAAAAAACAACAAGGAGUCACCACCAGGGACUAUUCAGAUCUUAAAAGACUUCGUUGCCUUUUGAACGUUCAAUCAAGCAAACAACAGCUUCCAGCCAUUAACUUCGAUAGUGCCCAAAAUAGCAUGACGAAGUCUGAGCCUGCCAUCAAGGUGGGUGGACACAGAACCCGAGGUCAGUGGCAUGAGUCCACAGAAGCUGUUGAACUUGAAAAUUUUAGUAUAAACUACAAGAAUGAGAGAAACUUCAGUAAACAUCCGCAGCAUAAACUAUUUCAGGAGAUCUUUACAGCCUUGGUGAAAAAUAGACUCAUAUGCAGAGAGUGGGUUAAUCGAGCCCCAUCUAUUCACUUUCUGAGAGUAUUAAUCUGUCUGAGACUACUAAUGAGGGAUCCAUGUUAUCAGGAGAUACUCCAUAGCUUGGGCGGGAUUGAAAACCUAGCGCAGUACAUGGAGAUCGUGGCCAAUGAGUACCUCAGCUAUGGGGAAGACCAGCACAGUGUGGACAAGCUGGUCAACAUGACAUAUAUUUUUCAAAAACUUGCUGCUGUCAAAGACCAAAGAGAAUGGGUCACCACAAGUGGAGCCCACAAGACAUUAGUAAAUUUACUUGGUGCCCGAGAUACUAAUGUUUUACUGGGUGCCCUUCUGGCUCUGGCUAGUUUAGCUGAAAGUCCAGAAUGUAGGGAGAAGAUAAGUGAACUCAACAUUGUAGAAAAUCUGCUGAUGAUUUUACAUGAAUAUGACUUGCUUUCCAAAAGAUUAACCGCAGAAUUACUGCGCCUACUUUGUGCUGAACCCCAGGUAAAGGAACAGGUGAAGCUCUAUGAGGGGGUACCCGUCCUCCUCAGCCUGCUCCACUCGGACCACCUGAAGCUGCUCUGGAGUGUUGUCUGGAUUCUGGUUCAGGUUUGUGAGGACCCUGAGACCAGUGUGGAAAUUCGCAUUUGGGGAGGCAUCAAGCAGCUUCUUCAUAUUUUACGAGGAGACAGAAAUUUUGUUUCUGAUCGUUCUUCCAUCGGCAGCCUGUCGAGUGCAAAUGCAGCAGGCAGGAUCCAGCAGCUUUAUUUGUCAGAAGACCUAAGCCCUCGGGAAAUACAAGAAAAUACUUUUUCUCUUCAAGCAGCCUGCUGUGCUGCCCUCACCGAGCUGGUGCUGAACGACACCAACGCCCAUCAGGUGGUCCAGGAAAAUGGUAUAUAUACAAUAGCAAAGUUAAUUUUACCAAACAAACAAAAGAAUGCAGCAAAAACUAAUCUGUUACAGUGUUACGCGUUCAGAGCAUUGAGGUUUCUAUUCAGUAUGGAAAGAAACAGACCACUCUUUAAAAGGCUUUUUCCCACCGACCUGUUUGAGAUCUUCAUCGAUAUAGGACAUUAUGUUCGUGAUAUCAGCGCUUAUGAAGAAUUGGUAUCCAAGUUGAAUUUGUUAGCGGAUGAUGAACUGAAGCAAAUUGCUGAAAAUAUUGAAAGCAUUAAUCAGAAUAAAGCUCCUUUGAAAUACAUAGGCAACUAUGCAGUUCUGGAUCAUCUUGGAAGUGGGGCUUUCGGCUGUGUUUACAAGGUUAGAAAGCGUAGUGGUCAAAAUCUUUUGGCAAUGAAAGAGGUCAAUUUACAUAACCCAGCAUUUGGAAAGGAUAAAAAAGAUCGAGACAGCAGUGUAAAGAAUAUUGUUUCUGAAUUAACCAUAAUUAAAGAGCAGCUCUAUCAUCCCAAUGUUGUACGCUAUUACAAAACAUUUCUGGAAAAUGAUAGGUUGUAUAUAGUUAUGGAGCUGAUAGAAGGGGCCCCUCUUGGAGAGCAUUUCAGUUCUUUGAAGGAAAAACAGCAUCAUUUUAUUGAAGAAAGACUAUGGAAAAUAUUUAUACAGCUGUGCUUAGCUCUUCGGUACUUACACAAGGAAAAGAGGAUUGUCCACAGAGAUCUAACGCCAAACAACAUUAUGUUGGGGGAUAAGGACAAAGUAACAGUGACUGACUUUGGGCUGGCAAAGCAAAAACAAGAAAACAGUAAACUAACAUCUGUUGUUGGAACAAUCCUGUAUUCCUGCCCUGAGGUACUGAAGAGCGAGCCGUAUGGGGAGAAGGCUGAUGUCUGGGCGGCAGGCUGCAUCCUUUAUCAGAUGGCAACUCUGAAUCCUCCCUUCUACAGCACCAACAUGCUCUCCCUGGCUACAAAAAUAGUGCAGGCGGUAUAUGAACCAGUGCCAGAAGGCACCUACUCUGAGAAAGUGACAGAUACCAUCAGCAGGUGCCUCACUCCUGAUGCAGAAGCCCGCCCAGAUAUUGUAGAAGUCAGCUCGAUGAUAUCAGAUGUCAUGAUGAAGUAUUUAGACAACUUAUCUACAUCCCAGCUGGCUUUGGAGAAGAAGCUGGAACGGGAGCGGAAGCGCACGCAGAGGUACUUUAUGGAAGCCAAUCGGAAUGCUGUCACAUGUCACCAGGAGCUGGCUCUGUUAUCUCAUGACACCUUUGAGAAGGCAAGCUUGAGUAGCAGUAGCAGUGGAGGCACCAGCCUGAAGAGCGAACUUUCAGAAAGCGCAGACCUGCCCCCCGAGGGUUUCCAGGCCCCCUGCAGUAAGGAUGAAGACAGGGCCUGUGAUGAAAUCCUGUCCGAGGAGACCUUCAACUUGGAAAAUAUUGACAAAGACAUGUACUCAGAGCUAGAUGAGGAAUUGGACAUUUCGGACAACUCCAGCAGCUCCAGUUCGAGCCCUGUGAAAGAAUCUACAUUCAGCAUUUUAAAGAGAAGUUUUAGUGCCUCGGGAGGAGAAAGACAAUCCCAAACAAGGGACUUCACUGGUGGAAUAGGAUCCAGACCAAGACCAGCUUUGCUGCCUCUUGACCUGCUUCUGAAAGUACCACCCCUCAUGCUCAGGGCCCACGUUAAGGAGCUAGAGGCCGAGUUAGUGACGGGGUGGCAGUCCCAUAGCCUUCCCGCUGUGAUUCUUCGCAAUCUCAGAGAUCAUGGGCCACAGAUGAGCACAUUCUUGUGGCAAGCAUCUGCAGGGAUUGCUGUGUCCCAGAGGAAAGUACGACAGAUCAGUGAUCCUAUUCAGCAGAUCUUAAUUCAGCUGCACAAAAUCAUCUACAUCACACAGCUUCCUCCAGCUUUGCACCACAAUUUGAAAAGAAGGGUUAUAGAGAGAUUCAAGAAAUCCCUCUUCAGCCAGCAGAGUAACCCUUGCAAUUUGAAAUCGGAAAUUAAAAAGUUAUCUCAGGGAUCUCCAGAACCAAUCGAGCCCAACUUUUUCACAGUGGAUUACCAUUUAUUACAUCAUUCAUCAAGUGGAAACAGCCUGUCCCCAGAUGACCCAACAGGUCUGUGCACCAGCUUUGAUUUGGAGGAGGGAAUAACGUAUGAACAGAUGCAGACUGUGAUUGAAGAAGUCCUAGAAGAAAGUGGCUAUUACAACUUUAAAUCUAACAGAUAUCACUCCUAUCCAUGGGGGACCAAGAAUCACCCAACCAAAAGAUGAAAACCCUGCAUUUUGAACAGACUUGGUUUUUCCUAGUGAAGCUCAGGUUCUGGACUUCAGCUCAACCAGAUGCCCAGGGAUUGGGAGCUGCUGGAAGGGUGUGGAAAAGAAAAGACCGAGCUGCCAUGGCACCUGCAAGGCCUCUUUCUGGAGGUCCUGUGCUAGGUUACGUGGCCGCAGCAGUGUGGGAAGGCUCUGCUCCUCACAUCCAGCAGGCACGAGAGGACAGGGCUCUCGGCGUGCUGCUGGGAGAAAAUGCUGCAAAAUUCAUCUGUGGGAAGAAAACUCGCUCCUCACAGAACUUUUCCUCCACAUUGAAAAACAAGAGAAAACAAAACAAACACACAAAAAGUCAUAUUUUUCAACGGAAUAUUUUAUAUUUAGAGUUGCCGAAACUACGUUUAAAGGCAUCUAGCCUUCCAUGUAUAAAAAUAGUUUUAGAGAGAGAAAAUCACAGGCCCCAGAGUAAUAAUAUAUUGGGUGAUUCACUGUAUUCCCCCAUUUUUUUUUUUAUUUUAAAAGAAAUUCAAAAUAGGUGAUUGAAUUUUAUUGUUUUUGUUGUUGUUGUUUUAAGGAAAGGAUUGGUUCUCUCUUAACCACUUGGGUGCUAGUGGUCUGAAGACGGUAGACAGUAUUUGUAACCUUGCACAGCCUCUGGGAAUAACUGUCAAAUUGUCGGAUGUAAGCUACACUAAUAGAAUAUAUUGCUGUACAAUGUCUAUAUACAUAUAGAAGGGGGGAGGGAGGAGAGGUUUUGAUUAGGCUAAUGCUUUGCUGCUAAUCAAACUUAUAGUGUUUUUAGAGCACUUUGAAGACUUCAUGGAAUCUAUGAAAGAGAUGCAAUAUUCCUUAUUCUAAUUCCCUUCUUACUAAAAUUAGCCCCAUUGUUUUACAGUUUUUAUUAUUUGAGAAUUUGAAAUGAAAAUAAGCUAUAUAAUGAAAUAUAAGUCCCUUCUUUAUUCACCGAGACAUCCCUAAAAACAUAAGAAAUCAGAACGCCAAAUAGUGUUUCGUUCCUUUGUAGGAAGACUUUACAAUGAAAAUUCUCUAGAUUCUUAUUGGGCUAAAAUCUCUUCAACUGGCUUCUGUUCACUGGUGGAUCACCAAGACGUGCCCUUAUUGCCAAGUCAGACUGCACUUCUAACUGCUUAAAGGGCAUUCUAAUUCUAUGUAAUUAGUCAUCUGAAAGCUGGAAUUCUGCUUUUUAUUUACUUCUCACUGAGUUCUGGUAUCUUUAUUUACACUGAUAUAUUUUUAGCAUCAUUGAACAGGAUUUAGUUCAAUAUAUUUUACAGUGACUGAAACCUAAGAACCUUUUGUAUAGUAUGGAAAAUCUCGUAAUAUGAAUCCAUACUAUUUUUACAAUUUGUACAUCCAAAACUUAAAAGAUAUCCAAAUGUCCUUUAACUAAUGCCUUUGAAAUUGCCAACGAAUCUUUGUCUUUAAGCCAAAUUAAUGAUUACAAAUACACUGUAAUUUUAAAUAACAGAUGCAAUUACAGUAAUGAAAAAUGUCAGUUUCCGCCUUCAAACCAAUUCCAUCCGUAUGUGAAAUUUAUGUGUAAAAUUAAAAUGCUAUGAUUUUGUUGACUUACCCAGGUAAAAUUUUAUUUCCAUCCCAACUGAAUUUGAACUUGCACUAUUAUUUUUUAUAUCUGUUCCUGUAUGGAAUGGGCACCUUUCCUCACUAUGUAGGAGGCACAGGCCUACAGGGGCAUAAAUUGUAAUUGUGAUAGAAGCCAACACCUGGAAAGAAACCAAGCUGUGGGUGAAAGUUUGAACAAUAAAGUUCUUUCUCAAAUGAUAAUAUAUGCUCAACAACAUUUAGAAGAGAAGAGUAGUCAGAGGUCACACCUUAGUAAAAAAAAUAAAAAAGAAAAAAAAAGAAAUGAUUUAUUUAAAGGUGUUUUCAAAUGCAUACAGUUGCCCUUAUUGACCAGAAAGGGAGCAAAAUGUUUCCAUCUAUUUCUUUUAGACCAUAGAAGUGGCAUUUAUUAUUCUAGAAGCCAGUACGGAUUAACAAAGAUAAACACACGGAUGUCCUGUUCAACAGCAGCUUUAGGCCUGUCACCUCUAUGCUGACUGAUGCAUUCUUUUGCCAAAGUCAUGAAUGUGUUUUAUUUGAUUCCCUUCUUAAACUACCAGUCACUGGAUCCACAUUCUCCCGGUGCAAGGGCAGGCCUCCGAGAGAAAGUUAGGCACUGGGAAGGGAUCCCUUUUGGGUAUGGAGUCUCAUCCCAACAGUGAUGUUACCUUUUCAAAAGCCCUCACUUUCUAACUCUCCAACCAGGAGUCCCCUGUCGUCACAAAAGAACAAGAAUGAUCAUUUUGUUUUCACUCUGAACUGCGUUGUAGUGCAAAGAAGUUGUUGAGUGUAAUCGGCCUCAUAGUUCUUUCUUGAUUACAUUUAAUUUUUUUCUUUUUCUCUUGUAUAUAAUUGUUAAUUAUUUGUUGUGCAAUGAAAUCCCCAUCUAACUCUCUGUCACUGAAUAUUUGUAUAGGACAGAAUCUGAAUCAGUCUUUUCAGAUCACUUUGGAUACACACAUGCCUCAGUUAAUUGUGUUUUGAUCUACCAACUCUGGACGUGUGCACUUGAAACCUGAAUUUGCUUUUUAAAAGCAGAAUGUUCCAUUUUCAGGGAAGUGACUGCAGCAGUCACAUGUGCUUGCUGGUUGUUAACCUUGUCUUCUUCCAGAUAUUUGAUAUGUAAUUGGAGGUCCCUAAGGAAUAGUAACGUGGACAGUGGACCCAGUGCUCAUGGGCGAAUUUCAGGAACUUGCUAGAGAAAGGCUGUUUGAGUAUAAUGUGGACACUUGUGUGGCACCGGGCAGUGUGCACAGCGUGGGCAUUCUAAAGCAGACCCUAAUUAAGAAAUGCUGUUAUGAAGUUAACCCAAAUGAUGGAACUGAGUGGGAGUCAAGGUCUUCUUAGAGUACCAUCUAUGACUUAUUAAAUACCAUGAAUUUUGAUGAUCAAAAACAAAUACAGGACCAGUUGACUACAUGCAGUUCCAGCAAUAGCAUCAGUUUUUCACCACUCAUAUCUAAGAUGUGUGAGGGCAAUAAUGUGUAGUCAAUUCCGUCAGUAUUAAUAUGCAUAGAAUCCACAUCCCUCUGGUUGAUUUGCUGAAUCGCAAAAUAUUUUUAUUGCUAUUUCUCUCUCUUCUUUGGAAUGACGAGGGACCAUGUGCAGUAAAUAUGUUGGAUUCCUUUAGAAAUGGCUUCGGCUUCUGUUGGAAGGUGGGAAAUACUUCUUUGUAAGGUACUUUUAUUGUUUGCCUUUCACUUUUUCUAUGGUGUGUAUUCACAAUACAGAAAUCAGCUGGAGAGGCAAUGCAAAGGAAUCAGGGUGAAGCACGUCUUCAGCACCGCGGAGAUGCAGCUAUCACGUACUGACCUUGUCUCUUGGGGGUGAAAUUCCAUCAAAACAUGAAAUUCUUCAUGUUCAACAACUGCAUGUGAUAAUAAGUAUAUUUUAUGUACCUUUAUAUCUUCCAGAUAGUAUCCUUUGAUGGAAAUGGACAGGGUUUGGGAUAGAUUAUUUUUCCCCACUGAAGUGUGCUGCUUACCCUUAGACGCUAUUUUUCAUAUUGAUAGGAGGACACAAAUGUCUCAGGGAAACUUUGCGAUAAAGAGGUUCUUAUGUGUGUCAUUGCAGUUAAAUUGCAUAUUGUAAAUAUGACUGUUAUGCUUGAUUACAUUCCUGCCGUGAUGUUGCUUUGAGAUCUGCAACAGGGACAGGAAGGAUUUUAUGAUUUUGACGGAGUGACUGAUGGAUAUUGCAAAUUUACAUGUCCUCUGGGUCCAUGGGCAACAGUUGUUUUCAAAAUGAAGAUCACACACCCUAGGAGUGUAACAGCAUUGUUGGGAUGUGAGCUAUGUUUGAUUUUUUUUUUUUUUUUACUACAUAUAUGUAGUAAUGAACCGAUUUUUAAAUUUAAAAAUUCAUUGAUUUUUAUCCUAAAAGUGAACUCUCUUCUCUAUUGAAGCUUGAAUAUUAUUCCUCAACCUGUAGCAAGUGGCCUCUUUUUCCCAUUUCAUACUAUAAAGCUCUGCUCUGUACCCAGGAAUUGUAUUUAGAGGUAGCAGAAGUGCAUUCAUUAUAGCUAAUAUGUGACUGUUUAAAGGCUGUCAUUUGGAGGUAGCUUCCCUUUGUUUCCUCUGAACAGAGAUAGAAGUUUUGUUGUUUAUAGAAAAUCAGGUAAUCAGCAAGUCUGGACAGAUGCUUGGAAUUGAUCUGGUGAGCUCACAAAUGAAAAAUGAGCUGACGUUUCUGCAAACAUGUCAUGAACUAGUCCCCAUAAAACAAGCGGAGAGAGGUUUGGACUAGAAUAACAAACCAAGAGGAACCAAAGCUUUAAGGCCUUAGCACCUGUAAGUCAGACUGCAGAGGUCACUUAGAAAAUAAUAUUCUUAAUCCGUGAUUCAGUUCUACGUUUCAAGCACCACUUGAGUCAGAAUUCUGGAAAGAAAUAGAAUGCUUACGAAUGGCUAUUAAAUUUUAGCUUUCCUUGCCCUUCAUACAAGUAUGUUUACCUCAUACUUCAGUAAAUUUGGAAGGUAAUGGAGCUGGUUUAAGGAUACCUUAUAUCAAGAAGGAAUGUGUGAAGUAUUUGUAUGAACCCCACAUAGCAUUGAGGGAGGCAUAUAAAUAGAAGUACUCAGAAGUGAAGUCCUAACUUGUUAAGGAUAAAAGAUGACUCUUUCAAAGAGGUAGGACAAUCUACAAAUAAAAACUGAGAAGUCACAGGGCAAGUGGAAGGCAAGGGGUGUCCCAGAGCCCGGCAUCUCCCAGCAGGCCAGUCACAGGAUGGUGGGCGGUUGGCAGGAGGCCAGGCAGUUCCCGUUGCUUCACUGAUUCCUGCUCUGAGUCUCCUGGAUCAGGGGUCUUCCCCCACAUGCAGUUACUGAUCGACUGAUCACUGUCACCUGUGAGCUGAAAACCCCAGCGAGUAGCAGAUGGGCCCCUAAGGCUCCCUAGUAACGUGUUGGUCCAGACCUUAGGACAGGGUCCCUGUGAAGCAUUCUGAAGAUAUUAGGCUCCUCAGGGACACAGUUCUGUCUUGUGGUUCUGCCCUCUGCCCCUGGUACCACGUUUGCUUCCAUCUUUCAUCCAUGGCCUUAGGCCUGUUUUGUUUGACAAAAUACAUUUUACCAGAAAUAUGUGUGGAUGUUCUAUAGAUAAAUGCAGGCAGAUUUGAAUACAUUUACACUUGGCUAGAUCAGAAAGAAGCAUUUCAAGGUAUUUCAGUUGUUUGCAAACAAACCAGUUGAUAAUCAGGCUACGGAAAGAUGCCAUCGUGUUGCUCUUCCAAAAUGGGAAACAAAAAUCACGCCAAAGGACCAUCUUUUAAGUGCAUCCUGUGUACUGACAUUUAGUGGAUCAAAACUGAGUUACGAUGCUUCCUGUAUUCUGUUGUUCCCAGUGGUGAGUCUGUGGCGAUCAAAAAGGACAGAGCUGUCUUCUGAGAAAAAGUACAGCCCCUGAUGUCAUGUUGCCCAGAGCUUCCGUGUUCUGGACCACCACAGGCCCUCAGUGCCCACAGAAUGGGAAAGUACCUUUCAUUUGCUUUUUCCCCCUUAGCUUCUAGGAGCAGGUCCUUUUCUGUUCCAGUCCCACCCACAGGUCUCUCUGCUGUCUGGCCCUACCUCCACUCCCAUUCCUACCGGAAGAGCAGGCUGUUAGAAGGUUACCUGCAGGGAGCCUGCGUUGUUAGAGGGAACGUUCGGAGUUCUGUGGUGGUACGUGGCAGGGAAGGCAGAAGGAUGAUGGACUUCUUUCUCUGCACAUGAUUCCGUCCUCCCCAAACUCCAACAAAACCUCUGGUGUGAGUGUACUGAGACUCUGAAGUAACGAAGUUGGGGGCCCUGGAAGAGAAGAGAAAUGCCAUGCCUCUAUGAAAGAUUUAUAUAAAAGAUACGAGUGGCCUUUAUUUUUGCUAUUGCUUAAAUAUGCUCUGUAAGAUGCUAAAGAAAAUUAAAAAUGAAUUUUCAAUCUUAUGGAAAAAGAA